AUGCCCACACCCAAUAUCUCUGCCCCUCUGCCCGUUUUCUGGCUCAAUGUCUCUGCCGGCGGUGUGCGAUGCCUGUCGAAUUCCUAGCCCCGAGGGCUGUGGUUGCCCUGGCCUUCGGGCUCGUGGGGACCACUGGGUUUAUGGGAAGCUUGGCCGUGCUGUGGGUGCUGGGUAACUGUGCUCGGCGAGCCCCUUGCCCACCGUCUGACACUUUGGCCUUCAACCUGGCUGGCGGACUGGGGCUGGCACUCACUCCCCUCUUCUGGGCAGCUGAGGGGACACUGGACUUCCCCUGGCCCUUUGGAGGUGGCCCCUGCAAGAGGGUUCUGAGCACUGCCUUCAACCUCUACGCCAGCGUCCUCCUCAUCACGGACAAUACUGGGUGGUGGCUGGGCUGCAGGACCAGGCACCCUUUUCCCCUCUUCUGGGCCCGCAUGGCCACCCUGGCAGUGUGGGUGGCAGCUGCCCUGUUGACAGUGCCCACGGCAGUCUCUGGGGCAGAGGGGAGGUGUGGGGCGUGCGUCGUCUAUGCCUGUUCGCUUCUCCAGCAGGUACUGGCGGGGGCCUGCCAGCUGCAGAGGGUGGUGCUGGCCUUCCUGGUGCCCCUGGGCAUCACCACCAGCUCCUGCGGGCCUUCUGCAGUGGGCAGGAUAGCCUGCUCCGGCUGCAUCCUGGCGGCCUCCUCCUUCCUCCGCCAGUUCCCCAACCACAUGACCGCUCUCUGGAGUGCCCUGUGAAGUCUGACCUGGUACCCGGGACAGCACUCUCUACACCUCCAUCCCCAUGUCUCCCUGUCACUAUCUGCCUGGCACACGGCAACAGCUGCCUCACCCCUGUGCUGGGCUGUCUCCUGCGGCGGGAGGCCCGGCAGGCCCCCUCAGGGAGCUCUGAGCACGGCUGUGGCCCAGAACGGGGGGAAGCAGGUGGGUGAAGGCGGGAGGCAGGCGGUGUGUGGACAGCACCCCCAGGAGAUUGGUCCCUCUACCUGCUCACCGACGCGGACAA